UUAGCUUCUUUUCCUAAUAAUCAAAAUGCUUCAGUUAGCGCUGAUAUUCAUAUAAUGAUAUCAAAUCAGAUCAGCCAGUUUCAAUUUAAUGAACUUAUCGGAGAAAUUGAGCUUAAUCGUUUAGUCAGCACCUCGUCUAUUUCGUUCACUGCAAGCAUAAAAUUCAAGAUGAAGAAAGGUAUUUUGUUUUAUGUUGGUGACAUUUGGCUUUUUCUAAGUGUAUCUUUACAGACCACAAGCCUUUGCGAUAGUAAUGAGUUACAAAUGGUCAUAUCAUUGAUAUACAUUCAUACGUCUUUGAUUAGACAGGUUUGCACGAUAUUCGUGCCAGCUUUAACAUUACUGCAGGUACAUUGUAUUCCACAGUGUAUUUUUUGCCGUUUCUUUAAAAAUAGCGAUGACUUUCUCAGAAUGGAGUUGUAUGCAACACUAGAAUUAAAUUUGUUUGAAGCGAUUUGUGUUUACUGUCAACUUCUACUCAAAAUUGAACUUUCUUCAGAUCUAGGAGGCUUGAACCUUGAAUUUUUUCUACAGCAAGUCAAGGACAAUAAAAGUAGGACAGGUUCUGUAAUCUGCGGAGCCGAAAUUCGAUUCUUGGAUAAUUGGUUUAUGCACGGGUCUUCAGCACUUCAGGGCGCUAAAGGAAUGAUUCAGUUCGUGACCUGA